AUGGUGAGAGCAGAUUUGAUGUUGGACAAAGAGAAGGUGGCCUCUUUGGGUGUGACGACCUUCACCCUGUGCGCCCUCUGCAUCGACCGCUUCCGCGCCGCCACCAACGUCCAGAUGUACUACGAGAUGAUCGAGAACUGCACAUCAACCACCGCCAAAUUAGCCGUCAUCUGGAUCGGCGCCCUGCUCUUGGCCCUGCCCGAGCUGCUGAUCCGACAGCUGGUGGUCGAAGACAGCGGCAUUCCGGACGAGCCCCCGGUGGAACGCUGCAUCAUCCGAAUCUCCACCACUCUGCCCGACAUGCUCUACGUUCUGGGCCUGACCUACGAAGGCGCCAGACUUUGGUGGUGUUUCGGUUGCUACUUUUGCCUGCCCACGCUGUUCACCAUUGGUUGCUCGCUCGUGACCGCACGCAAGAUCCGGAGAGCGGAGCAGGCAAGCGUUCGCAGCAACAAGAAGCAAAUCCGGUUGGAGAGUCAAAUGAAUUGCACUGUUGUAGCUUUGGCUAUUGUCUACGGAGCGUGCGUGGUUCCCGAAAACAUUUGCAAUAUCGUGUCUGCCUACAUGGCGGCUGGUGUCCCGGAGCAUACCAUGUCAGUGCUGCAUCUCCUCUCUCAGCUUUUGCUAUUUUGUCGGGCGGCCGUUACCCCCGCUCUGUUGCUUCUCCUCUGCAGGCCUCUUGGGAGAGCCUUUUUGGACUGCUGCUGCUGCUGUUGCUGUAACCACUUGCCCUCAUCCGCAACUGGCAGCGAUGACAAUGAGCACGAAUGCACCACCGAACUGGAGCUGUCGCCUUUUAGCACCAUCCGCAGGGAGCUGAGCAACUACACGCCCGCUGGGUCCAACUGCUGA